AUGACCAUCGUCCCAGAAGAAGUAGAGAUCAGUGCAGUUGAAGCAACACUGGAAACUAUCAAGUCUUUUGGACGAGUGCGUGUCCGUGGGAGAAACUUCAGUGCAAGACUAAACCAACGGAUGGUUUUGUGUGAGAGUAAAGAGACUGUGAAUGAAGAGAGUGUUCCUCCUGAGGUUAAACCAGAUGAUGGUGGAGAGGCGUGGCCUGUUAUCAUCAUAGGAAAGGCUCAGGCAGCUGCCGAAGAGUUUAACAAUAAACUGAAAGGGUUGCUGCAGGCUGAAGGUAAAACAAUGGAGGACCUCCAAUCAUUAUUCCCCAGUACACCCCCGCCCACUAACUCCACUGAAUCUAUCCUUCGCGCUGUUGGAGAUUUGUUGGACAAGACAACUAAGCCAGCUGAUGGAGGGAGUUAUGGUCGACUACGCAUGUUCUCGGGAGCCCUACCAACGCUGCCAGGUGAGGAACCAUUUGACCAUUGGCUAGAGCAGGCAUGGCUCAUGGUGGAGGAGACUGAAUGCUCUGACAGAGAAAAAAGACGCAGAAUUAUUGGAAGUUUAAAGGGACAUGCACUAGAAAUUGUGAAAGCAGUGCGACACACACAUUCUGACGCCAGCCCAAAAGAGUACCUGGAAGCUCUUGAAAGUGCUUUUGGAAGUGCUGAGUCCGGUGAUGAUCUCUACUUUGCUUUCAGAUUAAUGCAACAGCAAAAAGGAGAGAAACUGUCAGAUUUCCUUCGACGCUUAGAGAGGUCUCUUGCCAAAGUGAUUCAACGAGGUGGUCUUCCUGCGAGCUGCAUGGACCGAGCCCGACUGGAGCAACUGCUAAGAGGUGCUAUCGAUUCAGACCUGAUGCUGAUCCAGCUGCGCUUGAGAGAAAGGAAGGCUGUACCCCCAAGCUUUCUACAGCUUUUGACUGAGAUUCGUGCUGAGGAAGAGUAUGAAACUUCUAGAAAGAAGCUCAGCGCCUCAUCAAAGAGGAUUACAGGGAGGCUACACCCAUCCAUUCACCGCCUGGCCCCGAGAACCGACAGGACGCCGAGCUGGCUGCAUUGA